GGGGAAGUGUUCUGGGCGCGGAGCUGGUGACCGCAGGGGGACUGUACCUGGAUGCCGUAACUGAGCAAAUGCAGCCUUCGGUGUGGAGUCGAAUAUCGUGGCGUGAACCGGCCACCUGGAUAGCGAGUACAUAGCGCUCUGCAUCUUUAAGGAAGUCUUUUGAUAAAGGAAAAAAAGCACAAUCCAAAGGCGCUCUUUAAAUGCCCAGCAGUACGCUUAGAGCUUUGGGGCUGAAUUUGGAAGUUUCGUAUCAAGCAACUUCCCAAAACUUUACUGUAGAGCGUGUGCACGUGUGUGUAAGGGGGGAGAUUCAAGCACCUAGAUGCAGACUCAUAUUCAGAUACUUGGGGUCGUGUGUGCUCAGCCAGAACCCCGGGCUUGUGCGCUCAGGCCGGAGCCCUGAUCUGUGGACAGGAUAUUGACUUUUGAUUAGAAUUGAUUGGACUACUUAAACCAUUGGGAUUUGGGAGGAAGCCAGCUUUUUCGUUUUUAAAGAAACACUAAAUGUAUGAGAAAUUGACAGAAUGGAGAAUGAAAAGGAAAACCUCUUUUUUGAGCCACAUAAAAGGGGACUGAUGAAAACACCCCUAAAAGAGUCCACAAAGGCGAAUAUAGCGCUGGCGGAGAUCCAGCCUGACUUCGGCCCUUUAACCACGCCCACCAAGCCCAAGGAAGUAUCCCAGGGAGAGCCAUGGACACCAACAGCCAAUCUGAAAAUGCUUAUCAGUGCUGUGAGCCCUGAGAUCCGUAGCAGAGAUCAGAAAAGGGGGUUGUUUGACAAUAGAAGUGGAUUACCUGAGGCCAAAGACUUUUUACAUGAACACUUAUCUGGAGACGAAUAUGAGAAAUCCCAACCAAGUCGAAAAGAGAAAAGUUUAGGAUUGUUGUGUCAUAAGUUCUUAGCCAGAUAUCCUAACUAUCCCAACCCUGCUGUGAAUAAUGACAUCUGUCUUGAUGAAGUUGCAGAAGAACUUAAUGUUGAACGUCGACGAAUUUAUGAUAUUGUGAACGUCCUAGAGAGCUUACACAUGGUGAGCCGCCUUGCCAAGAACAGGUACACUUGGCACGGGCGGCACAAUCUCAACAAAACUCUUGGAACUCUGAAGAGUGUUGGGGAGGAGAAUAAGUAUGCUGAGCAGAUUAUGAUGAUCAAAAAGAAAGAGUAUGAGCAAGAGUUUGACUUUAUUAAGAGUUACAGUAUAGAGGAUCAUAUCAUCAAAUCAAACACUGGCCAAAAUGGACACCAAGAGUGUUUUGUUGAGCUCCCUGGAGUGGAAUUUCGGGCAGCUUCUGUAAACAGCCGUAAAGACAAGUCCUUAAGAGUGAUGAGCCAGAAAUUUGUGAUGCUGUUUUUGGUGUCAACGCCUCAGAUAGUAAGCCUAGAAAUAGCUGCCAAGAUUUUAAUUGGGGAGGACCAUGUGGAAGAUCUGGAUAAAAGCAAGUUUAAAACAAAAAUUAGGAGGUUGUAUGAUAUAGCUAAUGUUCUGAGUAGCCUGAAUCUUAUCAAGAAAGUGCAUGUUACGGAGGAAAGAGGUCGAAAACCAGCUUUUAAAUGGACAGGCCCAGAAAUCAGUCCAAAUACCAGUGGCUCCAGCCCCAUCAUUCCUUUUGCCACCUCUGAUUUGGAGGUAAGGCAGUCUACAAAAGAGAACUGUGCCAAAAAUCUCUUUUCCACACGUGGGAAACCAAACUUUACUCGACACCCAUCUCUUAUUAAACUGGUAAAGAGUAUAGAGAGUGAUCGGCGAAAGAUAAAUUCUGCCCCCAGUAGCCCUGUCAAGACCAACAAAGCUGAGAGUUCUCAGAAUUCUCCACCUUUCCCAAGUAAAAUGGAUCAACUUGCAGCUAUUUGCAAAAUGCAGUUAGAGCAAUCAAGUGAACCCAGAAAGAAAGUGAAAGUUCAGCUAGCAAGAUCUGGGCACUGCAAACCAGUGGCCCCUCUGGACACCCCAGCAACUGCUGAGCUGGAGCUGACAGCACCGUCCCUCAUCCAGCCCCUGGGGGUGGUCCCCCUGAUCCCUAGCCCACUGUCAUCUGCAGUGCCGGUGAUCCUACCUCAGGCCCCUGCGGGCCCAUCCUAUGCCAUCUACUUGCAGCCUGCCCAAGCCCAAACCGUGACGCCAUCCCAGGGCCUGAGCCCAACAGUCUGCCCCACCCACUCCUCUAAAGCUACUGGAUCAAACAACUCCACAGAUGCCACCACUGAAAAGGUCACCAAUGAUGCCACAAAGUCCAGUGCCUCCAGACCUGGAAGCUUGCUGCCAGUGUCAGAGAGACAAAAUGCAAAGAAGGCUGCUGGAGAAAGAGGCUCAAAGAGAGCAAGUGUGCUGGAGGACAAUGGUUCCAAAAAGAAAUUUAAAGAGGAUCUAAACGGACUUGAAAAUGUCUCCACAACCUUGUUCCCAUCAGGAUACCUAAUCCCUCUCACCCAGUGCUCAUCCCUAGGGACAGAACCCAUUUUGUCUAGUAAAGAAAACUCAGGUACACUUUCUCCAAACCACAGGAUCUACGGCUCCCCAAUUGCAGGUGUUAUUCCAGUGACAUCAUCUGAACUCGCUGCUGUUAAUUUUCAUGUGACACCUUUGAAGCUAAUGGUCUCACCAACUCCUGUUGCAGGCCUACCCGUUGGGAACAGUCCGGCUCUUGCUUCGAGCCACCCGGUUCCUGUCCAGAACCCAAGCUCAGCCAUUGUAAACUUCACACUGCAGCACUUGGGACUCAUCUCCCCUAGUAUGCAGGUGUCUGCCAGCCCUGGGCCUGGAACCGGAACUGUUCCUGUAUCCCCAAGAAUAGAAGCAGUUAGUGUUGUACCAGAAAAUGCAGGCUCUCAGCAAGGAAGGGCCACCAACCAUGACUCACCAGUCCUGAGCCAGAGCCAACCAAAUGGACAAUCAAUUUCUGUGACAGGGACACAACAGCCCAUUCCUGUUACACCCAAAGGGCCACAAUUAGUGGCUGAAAGUUUCUUCCGUACCCCAGGUGGACCAACCAAGCUGACUGGCUCAUCCUGCAUGGAUUUUGAUGGUGCUAAUAAAAUCUCCUUUGGAACCCUCUUUGUCCCACAGCGAAAACUGGAAGUCUCAACAGAGGAUGUCCAUUAAUCAACUAAUUUUCUAAAGAGCUAUUUAAUAGAGAAGAUGUGCACAGACUAGUUUCGAGAAUACCAUCUCUGAAAAUACUGUAAAUACGUCGGGGUGUUUACUCAAUGUCAAAGCAAAUACUUGUUUUCGUACUUACAUACACACAAACACAGACACAUUGUAUAAGGCUAACUUUAGCCCUCAAUCCUACAAAAUAAAAGUAAAAUGUUGAACUAAGGUAUAUUAACUUCUAGGGGAGGAAAGAUUCAUUAUUUCAGCUGUGCUUAUAUUAUUAUGCAAAGUAACUAUUAAAAUUUGCUUCCCUUUGAGUGAAUAUGUUUGACAUGCCUAGCACAGCACUCAAACUUUUUUGCACAAAGAAAAUGCUGUGUGAUGUAUAAUGUUGUAUUUUUACAUAGGAGGUCUAUAGCUAUAUUUUUUGUAAUUUCUUUAAUCCAUUGUUGUGGUAUGUCUUUUUGUAGAGUUUGCAACAAUCUUCAAUCAAGUCUAUGGAAAAAUUAUUUAUAAAAUGUAUUUUUAAUCAUAAAUUGUUCAAAUUAAAAUUUUUCUAAAAU